GUAUUAUUUACCUAGCAGAAAUGUGACAACUUUGCUAUAAUUUUAAUCUUGUUGUUUUUUAAUCCUAAACUUUACUUCCGAUAUUUUUUUAUUUUAAAUUCACGAUAUUUUACUUAACUGAAACAGGCUAUAGUUGUCUUACCUUUAAAUUCUGCACUUCAAUGAAGGCGUCUGCUCACAUAGGUGUUUAGCAUAAUAGGAAAGUGAAGAAAUGUCUAAGAAUGUUGCUGAAUCAAGCAUUUAUUAAGGCAUAAUUACCAAAAAUGAUUUCCAUCAGACAAUUUUGCUACGUUGUGUUAAUUUUUAUUUUGGAAUUUAAUUUCUCUUUAGGACAAGAUGCUAAAGCUUUAUUUCCUGAUAUUCUGAACUUGGCCACCCGUUCUAAUAUAACAGCAAAUGCCACAUGCGGACUUCAGGGAAAAGAAAAAUUCUGUAAAUUAGUGGAACAUGUCAAACUUUUUCCUGGAGAAAAUCGGCAUUGUGAUGUAUGUGAUGCAAGAAGCCAAGAUAGACGUCAGCGCCAUCCUAUCUGGAAUGCCAUCGAUGGUAGUAACAGAUGGUGGCAAAGUCCAUCCUUGACCAAUGGUGACCAAUAUAACUAUGUCACAAUUACACUAGAUUUAAAACAGGUUUAUCAAGUAGCAUAUGUGAUAGUAAAAGCAGCUAAUGCCCCUCGUCCAGGCAACUGGGUUCUUGAAAAAUCUGUAGAUGGUGAGAACUUUACACCAUGGCAGUAUUUUGGGAUUACACGGUUAGAUUGUCUCAGGGAAUAUGGAUUACCAGAUACUUAUGGUAUACCUAACUACCUCACAGAUGACCAAGUCAUAUGUACAACUAGAUACUCCAAAAUAAGGAAAUUAGAAAAUGGGGAGAUUUUUGUUUCCCUAGUCAAUGGAAGGCCUGGUGUAAAUAAACCAAGUUCUAAAUUAUUGGAAUUUACCUCAGCCAGAUAUGUUAGAUUAAGAUUUGAGAAGAUUCGUACCUUGAAUGCUGAUUUGAUGACUCUUAGACAUUACUUCAGGUCUAAAUAUAUAGAUCCCUCAGUUACAGAAAGGUAUUUCUAUUCCAUUAAAGACAUAUCUAUUGGUGGACAGUGUAUUUGUUAUGGUCAUGCUGUAAACUGUCAACCUGUUGCAAACACUGAUAGAUUAUCAUGUGACUGUACCCACAAUACCUGUGGUAAUAACUGUGAGAAAUGUUGUCCAGGAUAUUAUCAGAAACAAUGGCAACCAGGUCAUCUUGGAGAAGGAUGUGAAAAGUGUAACUGUCACAACCAUGCAGAUGACUGUGUUUACAAUGCUACCGUUGAUGCCAGAGGUUUAAGUUUAGAUAUCAAAGGAGAAUAUGAUGGAGGUGGUGUAUGUCUCAAUUGUAGGGACUAUACUACUGGUAUAAAUUGUGAACAGUGUAUAGAUGGCUAUUAUCGUCCCUCUGGUAUACCUCACACCUCAAGGUAUCCAUGUAGGCAGUGCAGAUGUAGAGAAACAUUAGGCUCUACUGACAGAUGUUAUACAGAUGAUAGUCGUGUUCAAGGAGGAUUUCAACCUGGAGACUGUAUAUGUAAGCCAGGAUUUGGUGGCCGUCAGUGUAAUGACUGUGCCUUUGGUUACUAUGGAUACCCGUAUUGUAAACCAUGUCCAUGUAAUCCUAGUGGGUCAGUUGAUACUUCCAGAUGUGAUGGAAAUUGUAUAUGUAAGCCAAAUGUAGAAGGACUAACAUGUGACCAAUGCAAGCAGGGAUAUUAUAAUCUAGAUAGAAACAAUCGAGAUGGUUGUAGGAAAUGUUUCUGUUUUGGUAUAUCAACUAUAUGCCAGAGCUCUGAUCUAAGAUUGAUGAAGAUAUCACACUUAUUAGGUGGAAUGGGUGGAUGGACAGUUACCACACUGAACACUGAUGGUUUUACAUUGUUUGUUCAACCUAACAAUCAGGGAUGGCUGGAGUAUUUGUCUUAUCCAGCAUCUACCCAGAAUUCAUUGGACCAGACUGGUUCUGAUGUUAUAUACUACUGGCAAGCUACAAUCAAAUAUCUAGGAAACAGAUUAACAUCAUAUGGAGGAACAUUAGAGUAUACACUACAGUAUGAUUUAGAUACUACAGUACCAUUCCAGAGACAUAUCUUUGAUGUUAAUGUUAUUAUGCAGGGAAGCAACAUAACAUUAGCUAGUGGUAAAGGCUAUGUCCGAGAAAACAAUGACCAUACUGAGAGGCUGACCUUGACUGAGAAUAACUGGUCAAGAAUGACCGAUGGAGGGAGAUAUGUAGACUUACAACCUGUUAGUAAACAAGACUUCAUGACAGUUCUAUAUAAUGUGGAAAGACUAUUGAUCAGAGCUACAUACCAUACAGGACAGAAAACUAUGUAUUUGAAAAGUGUAACCUUAGAUACAGUGAGUGCUUCCUCUCCCAGCAACCUUACACUACCUACUGUAGAGAAAUGUAAUUGUCCUCGAGGUUAUCAUGGAUUAUCGUGUGAGAGUUGUGAGCCAGGAUACAGACGGGUAGAUGAUAUUGUGUAUGGAGGAAGAUGUCAGCCAUGUCAAUGUCAUCAGCAUGCUGACAAGUGUGACCCAAAUACUGGAAAAUGUAUAGUCUGUAAGGAUCACACGACAGGAGACAGAUGUGAUCAAUGUUUACCUGGUUACUAUGGUGAUCCUAUGAAGGGAACUCCCAUGGAUUGUAAAGCAUGUGCCUGCCCAUCAACUGAUCCCAGAAAUAAUUUUGCCACCAAAUGUGAGUGGCACCCUGUCAUCCUAAAUGAAGAUAAUUACCAUUGUUUAGACUGCAGAACAGGACAUGUUGGAGUACAUUGUGAACUUUGUGGUGCAGGUUACUAUGGUGACCCUUUGAUACCAGGGGGUUAUUGCCGACCCUGUGAAUGUAAUGGAAACAUUGAUUUGAGAGAUCCAUUCAGCUGUGAUUCUAUGUCAGGGAGAUGUUUGACAUGUUUAAACAAUGCUGAUGGUGACCGAUGUGGUGUGUGUAAACCUGGGUUCUAUGGCACAGCUGUCAAUGGGGACUGCUCAGCAUGUGAUUGUGAUGGUUACGGGUCAACUGGUCUGUCAUGUGACCGUUAUACAGGUCAAUGUCAAUGUAAAGAAAACUUUGGAGGAAGAAAGUGUGAUCUUUGUCAGAAAGGAUUUGGUCAGAUGAAAGAGGGUUGUCUCCCCUGUGAUUGUGAUGAUCAGGGUUCAGUAGGGGACCAGUGUGAUCCCUACACUGGGCAGUGUGUUUGUAAGACAGGUGUAACAGGACUUCAGUGUAAAACAUGCAAGGAAGGGUUUUAUGGAUUUUCUUAUAGAGGGUGCAUUGAUUGUAAGUGUGACCGUGAUGGAACUAACCAGACAUAUCAGUGUAGUAUGAACACGGGGUAUUGUAACUGUUUACCCAAUGUUAUUGGUUCUAAAUGUGACAGUUGUCAGGACAACCAUUGGGGUUUACCACUAGGUGGAGGAUGUACACCAUGUGACUGUAGCCCUGUUGGUUCUAGGUAUAGACAGUGUGACAGAAGGACAGGUAAAUGUCCCUGUAGACCAGGUAUUGGAGGACAGAAAUGUGACAAAUGUCUACCGGGAUACUUUGGAUACUCACAGUAUGGAUGCAGAAGAUGUCAACCAUGCACCAAACCAGGUUAUAUCUGUGAUCCAUUGACAGGGGAAUGUGUGUGUCCACCGUACACAACAGGUGUGCAAUGUGAAAGAUGUGCUUCUAACAGCUGGGAUUAUAAUCCUGUUGAGGGAUGUAAGCCAUGUGGCUGUAUGAGUGGGUCAUCAGUGAGUCAGCAGUGUGAUUUGUACACUGGUAAAUGUCGCUGCAAGCCAGACUUCACAGGGGACAAGUGUGACAGUUGUUUGUAUGGUUUCUACCGAUAUCCACAAUGUUUAUUGUGUUUAUGUAGUGCUGAAGGAACAGACUUGUCCAGUUGUAACACCGAGGGUCAGUGUAAAUGUGAUGACAGUACAGGACAGUGUCAGUGUAAAAAAAAUGUAGAAGGAAUGGAUUGCUCCCGGUGUCAACCUUUGACCUUUAGUUUUGAUGCUGAGAACCCCUAUGGAUGUUCAGACUGUUUUUGUUUCGGAAGAUCUUCACAGUGUAGACAGGCUAAUUAUAUUUGGUCACAGAUGACCUUUCCAGACAGAUCUGUAUUUGUGGAUGACAGAGUACCAAUUGUUAUACCUAGGAAGUAUAAACUCUAUAAUGUCAUCCCACCUGGUAAUUCACUUCCUGCUAGGAUGCCUGAUGGGGCUUUGUACUGGAGUUUGGCAAAGGAAUCACUUGGGGAUAUGACUUUAUCCUAUAAUGGUUAUCUGAGUUACACUGUUUCUAGUGCACAGCAGACUUCUACGAUCAGUCCACAAAUUGUUAUAGUUGGUAAUGGAUUUCAGUUAGUACACACUGGUACUACUGGUCAAACACAUAGAGUUAAACUACAUGAGAGUUAUUGGAAAGUAUUGGGUUUUGAAGGCACAGCUACAAGGAAAUUAGUUAUGGUUGUUUUACAAAAUGUGACAGACAUUUUACUUCUUGGAAGUCAUAAUAGAAAUAUUCAAUCAUUAUCCCUUUCAUCUGUGAAACUAGAUAUAGCAGUACCAGCUAAUGGGACCUCUUCAGGGAAAGCAGCUCAUGGUAUAGAAUCCUGCCAGUGUCCAACAAAAUACUCUGGCUUGUCUUGUCAAGAUCCAUCUGAAGGGUACUAUAGGAUACGUUUCAAUAUCACUGGAGAGAUUUCAGAUCCUCUUGUUGUGAUUGGUGGAGUGAAACUAUGUGACUGUCAUGGGCAUGCCUCAACAUGUGAUAAAGAAACAGGACUAUGUCAGAAUUGUGAGCAUGAUACUGUUGGUAGGUUCUGUGAAUCUUGUGCCCCUGGUUACUAUGGUGAUGCAACAAGAGGAACAUCAUCAGACUGUCAACCAUGUGCUUGUCCUCAUAUAAAUAACAAUUUCAGUCCCUCCUGUGAAGUGACUAGUGGACAGCUAGUGUGUACAAACUGUUCUGAGGGGUAUGUUGGAAGGAGAUGUGAAAGUUGUGCGGAUGGAUAUUAUGGUAACCCCAGGAGUUUAGACGGAAGUUGUAAGCCCUGUAGCUGUAAUUUGGAGGGAUCUGUAUCCUCUCGUUGUGACAGUAGAGGGAUUUGUGUUUGUCUGCCUGGAAUCUCUGGUGAUAAAUGUAAUCAGUGCCAACCAAGAUAUGCAGUAGAUAAUGGUGUUUGCAUUUCAUGUGAUGAAGGGUGUACCAGAGAUCUAAUGGCAGAAUUAGACCGAUUAGAAAGAAAUAUUUCCACAGUCAAUAUUACAGGAAUAAUUCCUGCUCCGUGGAAUAGAUUACUAAAAAUUCACAAUGAAACCAAAGAACUUAGGGAAUUGCUUGAUAGAAUGGAGUUUUCUGAAAUAUUAGAUUUAGAGAAUCGGACCAAAGAAGUUCAAGAUAUGGCUGACAAACUCAUGCCUAAAUCAAUGAGAGCCUUAACUAAAGCAGAGAAUAUAGAAACAGAUGCCAAUAUUCUGAAGAAGAAUGGUACAGCAUUGGCUGACAGUAUAGAGAAAAUGUUACAAGAUUUGAAAGAUGAAUUAGGAAAGUUGGAAGAUAUUGUAAAGAAUUUGUACCACAAUGAGAGUGGUCUGAACAUCACUGCUGCUUUAGAGGAAGCCAAGGAAAUUAUGAGGGAGAUAGAACAGAGAAACUUUACAAGGAAAAUAUCUGAAGCUUUCAAUGAAAGCAUGUUAGCAGAAAAAUUAUCAGAAGAGAUACUGAAAAUGAAAUAUAAACUGAUAAAUGGGACAGAAGAAGUGAAAAAGAAACUUGAUGACAUCAUCAGUCGUCUGCUGGACCUGCAGGAACAGUCUCAGAAGUCUAAAGACAAAUCACAAGAAGCUGACACCAUUAACUACAAUCUUGCCUAUGACUUAAAACAGUUACAGGACACUAUAUAUGAUAUAGAAAUCCAUGGAGAUAGGACAACUGUUGCAUUAGGUAAAGGCCAUACUCUGAAUAUAAUGUCAUGGGCAGCUCUCAAUCAGACCAGAAACAACAUUAAAAACUUGGAAAGAGAAGCAAGUAGAUUAGAUAUUGCACUUCCUAGAUUAAAACAGAGGAUAGAAGAUUAUAGGGACCAAUUACCUAAGAUUGAAAACUACACUGCUCUGGCAAUAAAACAUGCUGAAAUGUUAUUGGACCAAGCAGAAUACUUAGAAAAGACAUUUGAGAAAACAAAAGCUGAUGCAGAAAUUCCUUUGAAGGCAGCUAGAGUGUAUAGUAAUAUUGUCAAAGCUGUUGAGGAGGCAGAAAAAGCAGCAAGAGAGGCUCUCACAGCUGCUGAAGAUGCUAUACAAAUUGCUGGAGUAGAUGAUAUAAAAAAUGAAGUUGAGAAGUCAUUGAGAGACAGUAGGAGACUAUUGGUUAGGGCUAAUGAACUCAAGAAUAGAACUUCAAGUUUAGGCAACCACUUAAAUACCUUAAAAGGAGAUGUUGAUAAAGUUGACAAUACACAGACAGAUAUAAGAAAUGGUCUUCAGGAUAUUAGAAAUGGAAUAGAUACCUUACCUAGAGGUAUCUCUGAUAGAGCCCGGAGAGUUACAGAUGUGGUAGCCUUGAUAGAUAAUAAGGUUCUCACUUCACAAGCUAAGUUAAAUGCUGUUAAAGAUAAAAUUGACAACAAGUUGUGGCCUAAAUAUAGAGAAAUAAGAGACUUCUCUGUGGAUGGAUAUAUAACUGAUACAAAAAAUUCCAUUGAUAUUGCAAGAAGGAACAUACAAGGAAUGGAAGCCAUCAUAGAUGAUGUGGAGGCAGCUCAAAAUAGGACAAAAGAUGCAGAGUCUAAUAUGAUUGGUAAACUAAAACUACUGAAAGACAACAUAGCUCAAGCUAGAGCCCAAGCUGCUAAGGUGAAAGUGUCGUUGUUAUCGGGAGGUAAAUGUGCCAGAUCCUACAGAGCAAAAUAUAAACAAGCAGCAACUAAUAAUAUCAACUUUAUCUUUAAAACUAAUCAGACAUCACAAGACAUGCUGCUUGUAUUAGUCCAAAAAUCUACUCAGGAAUAUCUGUCUGUGGAACUGAUUAAAGGUUACUUGAGGUUUGGUUGGGAUGUAGGUGAUGGACCAUCCAUGGUUGAUAGUCCCAGGAAGAUUAUCCACCAAGAUGAUGCUGUCAACGAAGUAGAUAAAUGGUAUAAAGUUGAGGCACUCAGAAUACAGAAUAUUGGAAUAUUAAAAGUAUCCCCUGUUAAAGAUAUGUUGAAUGUAGAAGAAAGCAGAACAGCCUCUCCAGGAAUAAAAUCUACUCUAAAACUGGAUGAUACUACACAGUUAUUUGUAUCUGGUACCCAUAUCAAUCAUAUUAGACCCUCUAUGGUAACCAAUGGAAACUUUUCUGGUUGUAUAAGUGAACUUCAUUUUGAUGAGGCUCGUAUUGGUCUACAUGAAUUCAAGACAUCAUCACCAUUAUGUGGUGGUUGUAGGGAGGCGCCUACUGCUGCAGCAUCAGCGACAACAUUCCAUUUCCUGGGAUCAGGAUAUGCUUCUAUCCCCAAAAUACCUAAUUAUAACAGUAGGGAAUUCCAGAUAAGUUUCCAUUUCAAAACAUUCUGGGCUAACUCUACACUGCUGUUUGCUGGGAAUGAACAACUGGGUGACUUUUAUUACUUAGGUUUAGAGAACGGCAAGUUGGUAUUACAGAUAUAUACUGGUGGUGUGACAUUUUGUAGGCUGUCCUUAUCAGAAAACCUUGAAUAUAACAAUAAUAAAUGGCAUUUUGUGGUAGCAGACAGGAUUGAUCGACAGGUUUUAUUUACAUUAUUCAUUAAUGAACAGAUAAGACAUUUCAUCAAUAAAUUUAUGAAGUUGGGAUUUUCCUUGAUGUUUGAAAUGGUUUCAUACUUUGAGUUACCAGGAGAUUUCAUAUCUUUAGAGACUGUAAAUGGCAAACUGGUCCUGCAGUUUUACUUGGGUGGCAUCACCUAUGCACGUGCAGAGACAAACGGAACAUAUACUAAUAAUUCAUGGGUUUAUGUACUUGCUGAUCGUGUAGACAAAAGGGCUUUGUUACAAGUUGGCGAGGAGAGGAUAACAUGUGAGGCCCCUGGUAAUAACAAUGGUCUAGAUAUACUUGGAAGCAAGUUUUAUUUUGGUGGAUAUCCAGAUAGUGUUGACACUACAGAAUUCAAAAAGAGGGGAACCAUUAUCAACACCAAAUUUUUAGGCUGUAUGAAAGAUAUUCAGUACCAAGGAUCACGAAAUAGGGUGGACCUGUUACAAGAGGAGAUUGUUGGGGUUCAAGCAGGGUGUCCAGAUGAGGGCUACAGAAAUAUUGGUUUUUAUGGGAGAGGUUAUGCCUACUACAAAGCUCAAUCACUUCUGGAGAGUCAAGGGGGAAUAACCCUGUCUUUCAGAACUAUGAGACCAAAUGCUUUAUUACUGUUGGCUAGAGAUGUGGAUGACAGGAACUAUUACACCUUAGCAUUAACAGAUGGUAAGAUAGAAGGAAGAUUUAGUGGCAAUUCUAUACCACAGAUCAUAACAUCUCAAGGAACGUACAAUGAUGGCAGAACACAUACUGUGGGAGUUCUUAAGAAAAAUAGAAUGAUAACGGUAUAUGUUGAUGAUGUAUUUAUUGGUGAGAAAACAUUACCUGUUGGUAUAACAACUAUUGAAGUAACACAGCUAUACCUUGGUGGUAUAGGACUGCCUACCAGCCAAGACCUAGCACCAAACUUUGAAGGAUUGUAUGGGUGUAUGAAUGAUGUUGUUAUCAACGGAGAAAUAUUGAAUUUGAAUACAGAUGUGUUUGAGAAUGCUGAUGUUGGUAGAUGUUCUAUCCCAGAACCUCCGGAAGAUAACAGUCAAAAUUUGGAUCGCCGUACAACACCAGCAUCACCGGUCACUCCUGCUGUUACUCCAAAACCUGUUACUAAAUCAGCACAGGUUAUACCGACUACUAGUAGUAGUUCACCUGGAUGUGCUGUACAAUCUGAUCUAGCUCUUGAUCCAUUCAUGUUAACCUUCGGUAAUGAGGAGGGAGAUAGUUAUGGUGAAAUAAGUAAUAUAGCCAAGAAUCAUAUUAAUGUUAGUGACGAUACAAUCUGGUUCAACAUUAGUUUUGAAUUCAGAACAUUCCACCAAGAAGGUGUGUUUUUCAUUAUUGGUAAUCCUUCCAUUAUAAAUGGUGAUUAUGUAGCUGCCCAGAUCUAUAAAGGCUAUGUAAUGGUGAUGUUUAAAUAUGAUGGUGAUCUCUACAGUGUAAACUCUACCAUCAAAACAGCUGAUGGAGACUGGCAUUCAGUGCAGGUUUUAAAGGGAACAAAAAAUGUCAAGUUACAAGUUGACAAGAACACAAAAAGGAUUCCAAUAAAAAGAAAACUUAACAUUAAUGCUCCUGUAUUUGUUGGGGGUGUUUCUGAGGAAUUAAGGCCACGCCCAGAACUAGUUCAACACAGUUUACGAGGAUGUUUAAAGAAUUAUUACAUCAACGAUCAGAUGAUAUUAAUCAAGGAUGCAAGGAUUGUUAAAGGUGUUACUAAAUGUUACGUGAAUGUAGAACCUGGAGUGUAUUUCACAGGAUCAGCGUAUGGUAUAAUAGAUACAAGCUACAGAGUAGGUGAUCGAAUGGCGAUUAGUUUUGAAUUUCGAACACACAAAUCUGAAGGAUUGAUAUUAUCGCUAAGUAAUGGUGAACUAGGACCUGCACUGACAGUAGAACUUUAUAAUGGGAGGAUCCAGUUUAGUGUAUUUAAUAGAGACCGGUAUUCUGUUGUGUCAGAGAACUCUGAGUUCGAAUUAUGUGAUAAAUCCUGGCACUCUGUAGAGGCUGAGGUUGCAGGAGAUGUUAUAGAACUGAUAGUUGAUGGGAACAAUCCAUUGUAUGGUGUUAGUUCUUUUAAAGAUACAGAUAUAGAUACCUCAGCACCUUUAUUUAUUGGAGGCCUUAUAAGUCCAACUAUGAAACAGGAAGCAGCAUUAACAACACAAGGAUUUGAAGGCUGUCUGAGGAACUUUAAGAUUAAUUCAGCCCCGGUGGACUUUUUCAAUCUAGUACAAUCAUAUGACAUCCAUAAAACAGAUUGUCCAGUUUAAGAAAGUCUUUCUACACAGUGCAAUAGAUAAAUGGAUUUUGAUUUUGUGAAAUCCAUAUACGAAAAAUUUCUCAGGGCAAAUCAGCAACUUUAACAUAAUAAACUCAGAUUGUGUUGAACCAAAUCUGAAAUAUUCUUUUCUAUUAUAAAAGGAAAAUUGACUUUAAAUGGCAUUAUGUAUAAGAUGACAUUAAAUGAUUGCAAUUCAUCUUUAUUGUAAGCAAAAUGAUCAAUGAGAAAGUGUCAGUUUUUAGGUUUGAUUUCUUAUUUUAACCUGUCCAUGUACAGGUUGGAGGCAUUGAUUAACUUAACUUUUAUAACCUUUGAUGUUAAUCAAAAAGAUUAUUGUGAUUUGCUAAUGACAAUCAGACAUAUUUCCUCAUGUCUUUCAAAGUUAUAUAUACUCCUGUCUAUAAACAGAAAGUAGAAGUAUAGAAAGUAUGGAUUGUAAGACAUUUUGUAUUGUGGUUAUAUUGAUGUUGUAGUCAUUGAGUUAUUUAAAACUCCUAUCUUCGUGAAAAAUUAACCUCAUUGGGAAAAUAAAGGCAUUUUCUUACUUUUAAAUAUUUUUAGAAUCUUCUGUUGAAUAUAUAUUUAGUGAUCAUUUGGUGCCUUUUUACAUCCGUCCUUUGUUUCAUAAUGUUAUACAUGAAAAAUUGUGAAUGAUGUAAAUAGAAUACAAAUAACAAUUAGGCACUAUUAUGUUUUAUUCCUGAAACAAAACUAUGUAGUAUUAUUUGUUUUUUUUUAUUUUCGAGUGUCUCCUACAGGAGAAGCAUUUAAUUUUACAUUGUUAAUGUUUUCAUGUUUUUGCUUUAAAAAAAAUAGAUAAAUGUAAUUAAGUAAGUCUAUGUUUAAAUAGGCCCUAGGAUGUUGGUUUAUGUGACAAUAUUAAACUGUAACUUAGCAAUUACUAUCCUUACAAUAAAAAAAAGAUUUUAUUGUAUACUUGAAUUGCAUUUUUUUGUUAACAUGUAUUUCAAUCUAAUACAAUAUGUUGUUUAAUUUCAUUGGAUGUUCCAAUCCAAAAUAAAGCAAAACAAGAUUCCUUAAGUGUAUUAUGCUUGAACAUUAAAAAUUAAAAUUUCCUUGUGACAAAUAUUAUCCAACCUAUCUACCAGGAUAACGUUUUACUGUACAAUUUGGUUUGGUUUUUUUUAUCUUUUUACUGAUAUCAACAUUUAAGUUAAGUGGUUUAAGUGGACUUUUAAAAAAGGAUUCACUGCAUAACAGUAUCCAUGUGAUGCUGAACUGUAAUAUACAUUGUCAUCUGUUUAUUAACUAGCAGAAUCAUAUAGUGAAUAGCAGUCACCAUGUUGGAUAUUUAAAAAAAAAUAUUUAAAAAUCCCAGUUUAAUGUUUUAUUACAGAUACAAUACAAAUUACUCUAUUUGUAGAAGAGGUUGUUUGACAUGCUUUUUUUUCUCAUUAGUAAUACUUUACAUACUUUCCAUAAUAUUUGAGCAUACAUGAAUAAGUCAGCCUCAUAUGUGCUGUUAAUUCUACAAAAGUUAUCACAUUUAAUCUAGAAAAAGAACCUUUUUAACCAAGAAAAAAAUCCUAAGAACUGAAAAAUGUGGGACAGAUUUAUUCAUUAUGCUUAUUUAAUUGCCAGAAUUAUGUAUGCAGAAGUGGAUAAAUAGUUAUCAAAGGUACCAGGAUAAAACUAUUUUUAGAUCUGAAUCCAAGACAGAAACAAAGAAAAAAAUAUAUGCAAUAUUAUCUAGUAGUGUUGCAUCUACAUAGUUCCUUGUCCAAGAAUGUUUGAAGUAUGGUAGAUAGCUAUAUUUAACAAUAUUUACAAGUAAUACUGUCAACCUGUAUUAAACUUGAUAUCAGCUGGUACCAAGUUUUUAUUCAGUUUUGAAAAAAUAUAUGUGAUAUUUUUUAUCACAAGCAUUGUAGUGAUUGUUAAUUGUAUUUAUACAUGUACAGUAAUUUAUUGUGUAAUUUUUUUGUUAAAUUUUAUGUUGUAUAUGUGUAUUAAGGUAUAUUUUAAAUGAAUCAAAGAUUAAAAUGUAGUAAAACAGAAUGGGUGCUAUAUGUAAAUGAUGUUAUGUAUU